CAUCUAUAUUUUGAUUAUUUUCUCUGGUUUGUUCCAAUUCAUGGAAUCGAAUUCGAUCAAAAGUUAAAAAACAUUUAAUGUGGUGGAUCCAAAAGUUUAAAUUCUGUCGGCUACAAAUCCACCACAAGAUGAUCAAACUCAUCUCUGCGCAGACCAACUGCAGAAAUGGCGCUUACUGCUUCAACCCGACCUCUGCUUAACGACUUCAACCUACCUUCACAUUCGAAGAACCGAGACCCUCCAAUUCUUCGAUCUCACAGAACCCAUUUUUCAAACCCUAGUUAUCUGCUGAGUUUUCCGCAAAUCAGCAGCUCAUUUUCACAAAUCAACACUCAAUCCAGAUGCCCGUUAUUCAAAAGCAUGCCGUUAGUUCCAUCUAGAAAGCUUAAUUCGAAGGUUAGAGCUACAGCAGCAGGAGAAGAAGCAUAUCAAGAGGAUUUCUCUUGGUCUUCUGUAAUCUUGCCGUUUGUAUUCCCAGCCUUGGGUGGUUUACUAUUUGGAUAUGACAUUGGUGCAACCUCUGGUGCUACCCUCUCUUUACAGUCAGCCGAGCUUAGUGGCACAACAUGGUUCAAUCUAUCUGCUGUUCAACUCGGCCUUGUGGUCUCUGGAUCCCUAUAUGGAGCUCUUUUUGGUUCUAUCCUAGUCUACCCAAUUGCAGAUUUCCUAGGUAGGAAGCGUGAACUUCUAUUAGCAGCUUUAUUAUAUUUGGUUGGUGGCUCAGUUACAGCAUAUGCACCAGGUCUUGGUGUUCUUUUACUAGGUCGAGUUCUCUAUGGUUUAGGCAUUGGUUUGGCUAUGCAUGGUGCUCCACUUUAUAUUGCAGAGACUUGCCCUUCUCAAAUCCGUGGGACUUUAAUAUCUCUAAAAGAACUCUUCAUAGUUCUUGGAAUCUUGUUGGGAUACUUUGUAGGCAGCUUUCAGAUAGAUGCUAUUGGAGGUUGGAGAUAUAUGUUUGGGUUUAGUGCUCCAGUUGCUCUUUUGAUGGGGUUAGGUGUGUGGGGUCUACCUCAGUCCCCAAGAUGGUUGCUUUUAAGAGCUGUACAAGGUAAGGCAUCUUUGCAGGAGUAUAAAGAGCAGGCGAUUGUUGCAUUAAGCAAACUUAGGGGAAGGCCUUCUGAUGAUAAAGUUUCUGAAAAGCAAAUAGAGGACACACUUGUUUCUUUGAAAUCUACUUAUGGUAGUGUUGAGGAAUCAGAAGGGAGUAUAUUUGAGGUUUUUCAAGGCACGAGCUUGAAAGCUUUUGUGAUUGGUGGAGGUUUGGUCCUUUUUCAACAGAUAACUGGGCAACCAAGUGUUCUUUACUAUGCUGGUCAAAUUCUUCAGACAGCUGGAUUCUCUGCUGCUGCUGAUGCUACACGUGUUUCAGUCAUUAUCGGUGUCUUUAAGCUGUUGAUGACAAGUAUAGCGAUUCUGAAGGUUGAUGAUCUUGGGAGAAAACCUUUGCUGAUUGGAGGAAUUAGUGGAAUUACCCUUUCAUUGUUUCUCCUCUCUGCUUAUUACAAAUUCCUUGGAGGAUUCCCCUUAGUUGCUGUAGGUGCUUUACUUCUUUAUGUUGGAUGCUACCAGAUAUCUUUUGGACCAAUAAGUUGGCUUAUGGUUUCAGAGAUAUUCCCUCUUCGAACAAGAGGGAAAGGAAUUAGUCUUGCAGUUCUUACAAACUUCGGUUCAAAUGCCUUAGUAACCUUUGCUUUCUCUCCAUUGAAGGAGCUACUUGGGGCAGAAAAUCUUUUUCUCCUUUUUGGUGCAAUUGCUUUGUUAUCACUUGGAUUCGUGCUACUCUAUGUCCCUGAAACCAAAGGGUUGACUUUGGAGGAAAUCGAAAACAAAAUCUUGAAAUGA